UGCGGUGACCUCUGCACUCGAGGGGGGGGAAACGCCACCCGCGCAUGCGUCCGGUCGGAGCGUUGCUAGGGCGCGCGUGGUGACGGCGGCGCGGCGGGGGCUCGGCGGGGACCCGCGGGCGGCCGGAGCGCUGGCGCUGGCCCGCUGCUCCCCAGAGCCCUCCGGCAGCCCCGGGGGAGCCUAUGGAGAGCGGCCCGCGCAAUGCCAUAGUGUUCAACGCCUCCAAGGGCGAGAGCUUCACGCCGGCCGGCGGCUACAAGGCCCUGCGGAAGAGGCUGCGCGGCAGCUGGAAGGUGCAGAGCUUAAAAGAUGAGAUCACUUCUGAGAGACUGUUUGGGGUGAAAUUGUGGAUUACAGCAGGACCAAGAGAGAAGUUCAGUGCUGAUGAGUUUUCCGUUCUGAAGAAAUUCCUGGAGGAUGGUGGGGCCAUCCUGGUGAUGCUGAGAGAAGGUGGAGAGUCCCGGAAUGGCACAAAUAUUAACUUUUUGUUAGAAGAAUAUGGGAUCAUUUUCAAUAAUGAUGCUGUAGUACGAAAUGUGUAUUACAAGUACCACCACCCAAAAGAAGCACUAAUCUCUGAUGGAGUUUUGAACAGGGGAAUCAGUGAAGCUGCAAAGAAACCAGUGCUUGAGACAACAGAUGAAGAUGGAAGGGGCCAUGACUCUCAAGCUCUCACCUUUGUUUAUCCUUUUGGAGCCACACUGAAUGUGAUGAAGCCAGCAGUGGCAAUUCUGUCCACAGGGUCUGUCUGCUUCCCUCUCAACAGGCCUAUCCUGGCUUUCUAUCAGCAUGAGAGUAAAGGUGGAAAGAUGGCAGCCCUGGGAUCUUCCCACAUGUUCAAUGACCAGUAUUUAGAUAAAGAAGAAAAUGGUAAGAUCAUGGAUGUGCUUUUCCAGUGGCUCACAACAUCAGAUAUUCACUUAAACCAGAUGGAUAUGGAGGACCCUGAGAUUUCAGACUACACCGUGCUCCCAGACACAGCCGCGCUCUCCGAGCAGCUGCGAGUGUGCCUGCAGGAAGGAGAUGAGAACCCCAGAGACUUCACAAAGCUGUUUGAUACAUCCCUUUAUCAGCUGGACACAACUGCCCUCCCUUCAGUUAUCAAAGCUUAUGAAGAGCUGAAUAUGAAACAUGAACCCCUCCAACUCAUUCAGCCUGAAUUUGAGACUCCACUACCUGUCCUCCAGCCAGCUGUUUUUCCACCUGCUUUCAAAGAAUUGCCUCCUCCUGCUCUGGAACUGUUUGACUUGGAUGAAACUUUUUCCUCAGAGAAAGCACGUCUUGCAGAGAUCACGAACAAAUGCACCGACGAUGACCUGGAGUUCUACGUGCGGAAAUGCGGCGAUAUCCUGGGAGUGACCAGUGAACUCCCAAAGGACAAGCAAGAUGCCAAAUAUAUCCUGGAGCACAUCUUCUUCCAAGUGGUUGAGUUUAAGAAACUGAAUCAGGAACACGAUACUGACCCAAGUGAAGCUGGAUUCCAGAACAGUACCUGAGACCUGGCUUUCCCCAGUUUGAGAUAGAACUUUUAGGGAAAGUAUAUUUUUCCAUUUUUAAAGUCUCUCUUCUCAGUGUAUUGAUUGGGACUGUCUCAGUAGUUCACUGGAUGCUUGGAUCAUUUAUGUGUGGUAGUUCAGAUAAUUAAUGCCUUCUGGGGAACUGCUUGUAUUUCACAAGCAAUUUCCAAAGAAUUUCUUAUUUUUCUACUUCUUUAUUGAAACUGUAGUUUUUUAAUAUAUUAAAAAAUAAUAUACCAAGAAAA